GAUCUGUUCUGGGGACUGCAAGUACCGGCAUGCACCGCGGAACGUGUUGCGCAUGACAACCAGGCAUCAGACGCCACUGUGGCUGCUUCUCCACACUGCUGAGCUGAAGAGAUUUGGAGGCUGUUGCCAUGGAGCCCGCAUGGCGACAACAGGGCAGGGGGCGCGGGCGGAGUCAGGAGGCUCAGGGUGAAAGGUCACGACCCCCGCAGAAGGAGAAGCCGCAGUUGGCGGGAGGAGUGGGAGGGAGACCCGACCGUCAACUUGGUGUGUCGGUCCAAUCCAAGUUUGAAGAGAUCCGGAAGUCCAACCAGGCUGCUGCUCAGCGAUUGGUGGAAAUAAGCUCCUCCUCUGAUGAUGAAGACGACUAUGACGACGAUGAUGAAGAAGUAGAGGUCAAAGUUGCCAAUAAGGAUGGAAAGAGAGGGAAAAUCUUGGCCUCGACCUUCACCACCUACACUGACCAGACAGGUGGUGAUGCCACCGGUCUGGUCAGAACUGGCCAGUAUGUCAGUGACUUGUUUCAGUCUGGAGCUCUCACCUGUCUCAUCUGCAUCGGCUCCGUCAAGAGAACACAGGCGGUGUGGAGCUGCUCCAGCUGUUUCUCUCUCUUCCACCUCCCUUGUAUUCAGAAGUGGGCGAGAGACUCAGCCUUCCUCGUCUCCUCCAUCACUGAUGAAGACUUCGGUCAGAAGCUGCAUCCCUGGCCCUGUCCAAAGUGUCGAGCAGAGUAUCCUCCCAGUGCGACGCCCAACAGGUACAUGUGUUACUGUGGGAAGCUGCAGGACCCUCCAGCUGACCCCUGGUUGGCUCCUCACUCCUGUGGCUCCGUCUGUCAGAAGGAGCUCAAACCCACCUGUGGACACACCUGCCUGCUGCUCUGUCACCCCGGUCCGUGUCCUCCCUGUCCAAAGAUGGUGUCUGUUUCCUGUUUGUGUGGCAAAGCUAAGCCCCUCCCCCGUCGCUGUAGCAACAAGGCGUGGUCCUGUCAGCAGACCUGCAGCAAGUUGUUACCCUGUAAACAACACACCUGUACAGAACCCUGUCACAAAGAGUGUAGUCCUUGUCCUAGAGUCAGUAUUCAGAGGUGUGUGUGUGGCAGAGAAGAAGCAGAGAGAAGCUGCUCCAGCCCUCGUUGGACAUGUCCCCAGGUGUGCGGCUCUCUGCUCUCCUGUGGGAAUCACACCUGUGAGGUUUUAUGUCACGAUGGCGCUUGUCCUCCGUGUCCUCGCUCGGUCAGCAGAUCCUGUCCCUGCAGCAAGACCAAGUCGUCUCUGCCCUGCACAGAGGAGGUGGCGCCCUGUGGGGACACAUGUGACCGUCCUCUGUCGUGUGGAAAACACACCUGUUCAAUGAGGUGUCACCGAGGGAGCUGUGAGACCUGCAGACAGGAGGUGGAGAAGGAGUGCAGGUGUGGAAAAUACAGGAAGUUGAUGUCGUGUCAUAAGGAAUACCUGUGUGACUCCAAAUGCCCCAAAACCAGAGGGUGCCAGAGACACCAGUGCAGGAGGAAGUGCUGCCCUGGUAACUGCCCCCCCUGUGACCAGAGCUGUGGUCGAAGUCUGGGGUGUCGCAACCACAAGUGUCCCUCUGGCUGUCACCAGGGUAGCUGCUAUCCGUGUCCCGAGUCGGUGGAGGUCACAUGUUCCUGUGGUUCCACCGUCCUGUCGGUCCCUUGUGGACGAGAACGCAGCACCAGACCUCCUCGCUGCAAAGAGACCUGCAGGCAACCUCCGUCCUGCCACCACCCGAGCAGAGAGACCCACCGGUGCCACCCCGGGCCCUGCCCCCCCUGCAGGCUGCCCUGCCUGCUGCCGCUGCCGCGCUGCAGCCACACCUGCCCGCUGCCCUGCCACGACCAGGUGCUGGUCAAGUCCCAGCAGGUGCCGUUAGCUGGUCCGUGGGAGCAGCCGUCGAAACCUGCGUUUGUGCAGAAAGCUCUGCCCUGUGCCCCGUGUCAAGUCCCGAUACCGACGGCUUGUUUUGGAGAACACGAGGUUAGCCCGGUGCCGUGUCAUCGCCAAGGCCGGUUCUCGUGUAAACGACCAUGUGGGCGACCUUUGACCUGCGGAAACCACGACUGCCGCCAGGAGUGUCACCUGGUUACCGACGGCAACAAGUGCGACGUGUGUGACGAGGGCUGCUCUAAGCCCCGCCCCCCCGGCUGCCCUCACACCUGCUCCCGCCCCUGUCACCCCGGCAACUGCCCCACCUGCAGCCAGAUGAUCCGCCAACGCUGCCACUGCAAGAUCAGCAUGCUGUACGUGGAGUGCACGAAGUUGACGUCAGCUGACCAACAGUUGAAGGUGAAGUUGGGCUCCUGCAACAACCAGUGUCCUAAAGAGCUGAGCUGUGGGCAUCGCUGUAAGCAGGUGUGUCAUCCAGGUGUGUGUGCAGAGAAAUGUCAGCAAAAGGUGAAGCUGAGAUGUCCCUGCAAGAGGAUCAAAAGGGAGUUCUUGUGCGCUCUCUCUGAUCAGUGUGUUGUUCAGUGUGACGACGCCUGCAGAGACCAGCAGAGGAAAAUCAGCAAGGUGAAGGAGGCGGAGCAACGAGCUGCUCAGGAGGAGGAGGAGAAGAAACUUCAGGAGGAGCUGGAGGCCUUCGAGAAGCGCCAGCAGCGAGGUGGGAGGCGGAGCAAGAGGCGCGGGAGGAGGGAGGAGGGGGAGGACGAGGCGGGGGGGGGCAGGAGGAGGUGGUGGAGGUGUGUCGCCCUCGUCCUCGUCCCGCUGGGCGGAGCUCUGCUAUCAGUCGCCGCCUACUACCUGCUGACCUCUUGACCUGCUGCCCUGAGGUUCUGCUCUCACUUAACUCCUCAUUUAAUCGCUUUAAUUCUUUUCAUUUUCUUUAGGAAAAUUGGAAUGUGAUUUAAAAUUAUGUUUCCGUGCAAAUUACCAUUUAUUAGAUUUAGAAAUUAGAAAGGAGAACAUUUUUAUUGAUCUCAAAUUGCAGAAUAAUUCUACCAGUUUUUUAUGGUUAAUCAGGCUGUUUGUGUUUGACUUCCUGUCAGGAGGCUCCAGAAAAACAAAAUGAUUUGUUGAUGUUUUACUUUUGUCCCUGAAAGUUUAUUAAAGUCCUGAAAAUGUAAUAAAACAAUCAUUGAUAAACA